AUGUUUCUAUAUUUAUUUCUGAUCGAACUUUUGUCUGUGGCUUGGGUGACUACCCAGGAUGUGGUGCCCGAUGAUCCGGAAGUGCAGAUGCAAAUGCAUUCCAUGUUUUACACGGCUCGUGUUGCCUGUGCGGACGAAAAUAUGAUUCCGUAUGUUAAAACUUGUGUUGUCUUUGCUUCCCUAAGCUUGAUUCUGAAUUGUGCCAAGGGCCUGCAGGAUCAUGCCAAGGAUAAUGGCGAUAUUUUUAUUAUAAACUAUGAUAGCUUCGAUGGCGACGUGGAUGAUAUUUCCACUACUACACCAGCUCCUAGAGAAUCUGACUAUAUAGAUUUCGAAGAGGUUAAUAAGAACUGUAAUGCAAGUUUCAUAACUUCGACUACCAAUGUAUUACAGUUCAAUAGCACUGGUGAAUUGCCAGACGACAAGGAUAAAGCAACCAGCAUGUGUUAUUUCAACUGCUUUUUCGAAAAGUCCGGUUUGAUGAUGGAUUACAAGCUAAAUACGGAUCUGGUGCGCAAAUAUAUUUGGCCAGCCACUGGUGAUUCCAUUGAGGCUUGCGAGACCGAAGGCAAGGACGAGACGAAUGUCUGCGUGCGGGGCUAUGCCAUCGUCAAGUGCGUCUUCAUCAGAGCCCUCACGGAUGCCAGGAACAAGCCCACCGUUUAAGUAACGACGAAGGUCUAAAUCUUUGACUAUUUAGUAGAAAAUAAUAAUAAUAGCGUUACAAAUCAUAA